GCUCUCGCGAGACUUCGCGCGCCCGCCCCUUCCUGUAAUGGCGGCGCCCUAGACCGCGCGGCCGGGCCCCGCAGCACCGCCAGUCCCCGCCGUCCCGGCACCGCUGUCCCCGUCACUGCCGUCUCUGUCACCUCUGCCGCCACCGCCACCGCCACCAUGCAUUCGGACGAUGUUGUCUGGAGCAUGCUGGGGAACAGGCAGUUCUGCUCCUACAAGAUGACCACCAAAACGCAGAAUUUCUGCAGGAACGAGUACAACCUGACGGGGCUGUGCAACCGCUCCUCCUGCCCGCUGGCCAACAGCCAGUACGCCACUGUCCGGGAGGAGAAAGGUCGCUGUUAUCUCUACAUGAAGACGAUCGAGAGGGCGGCGUUUCCCCGGCGCCUCUGGGAGCGGGUGCUGCUGAGCAAGAACUACGAGAAGGCCCUGGAGGAGAUUGAUGAGAACCUCAUCUACUGGCCCCGCUUCAUCCGGCACAAGUGCAAGCAGAGGUUCACCAAGAUCACGCAGUACCUGAUCCGCAUCCGCAAGCUGACCCUCAAGAGGCAGAGGAAGCUCGUCCCGCUGCGCAGGAAGAUCGAGAGGCGUGAGAACAGGCGAGAGGAGAAAGCCCUGAUCGCUGCCCAGCUGGACAACGCCAUCGAGAAGGAGCUGCUGGAGAGGCUGAAGCAGGACACGUAUGGAGACAUCUACAACUUCCCCAUCCACGCCUUUGACAAGGCCCUCCAGCAGCAAGAGGCAGAGAGCGAGAGCGACUCGGAUGCAGAGAGGGAAGAAGAUGAUGAUGAGGAUGUGGAUAAGAGGGAGUUUGUGGAAGCAGAGGACAGCGAGCUCAGUGACUUUGAGGACAUGGAUAAGUUGGAGACAAGCAGUGAAGAGGAGCAGGAAGAGGAGGAAGAAGUAGAAAAGAAAGGCUCCCACUCCAAAUGGAAAGGGAAAACACCCCUGAAGGGCCCAGCCAGGAGAAAACGGCCCCACAUUGAGAUAGAGUACGAGGAGGAAACAGAGCCCAGCAGCAAGACAAAAGCAGCCUGACCCCAUUUGUACUGACUGACAGAAUCCAGCUGGGCCACCAGAGUGUGAGUGCAGCACCUGUUACCCACCCCAGCCCUGCUCAGAGCUCCUUUUGUACUCCACACAUUCUCUGCAGGAGCAGUGGGGUUCUGUCCCCAGCCCAGGCACUGCAGUGACUUUGUACAACUCAGAGGAACUCCCCCACCUCCUCUGCAAGCACACAAAGCUCAGCCCAGACUCUGGGGGGCUCUGCUGUUCCCUCUGAGGCUGCAGAAACCUCACAUGGCCCUGGGGGCACUUGGCUGUGCCUGGGGGAGGUGUAGGGCUCACAGGGGGGACAAGAAUGACACAACUCUUCAAUAAACAGCAAUUUUAUUGUGCAAAAAGGGCUGAGCAGGUCAGGCAGCUCAGGUGCUCUCCUGCACCUUCCUGAGGCACUCCCUCACCCUGCUCUCCUCACAGCUGCUGUGCACCCCCUGCAGCAGCUCCUGCAGGGAGAAAGGCAGCACUGCCAGUGCCUGGCACUGCAGGGUGGUGUCACCCACCCUCCCUGGCUCCAGCUGUGCACAGCUGGGCUCAGUGCCCUGCACGAGGGGUCCUGCACUGUCCCUUCCUGGGGCUGCACCUGCCCUCAGCUCAUGGAGCAUCAUCCUGGGAUUUACUUGUUUUGGAAAACAAACAAACCCAAACUGUGCAAAUGCUCAU